AUGCAAAUACAUAUUGCUAAAGAAAUAUUUUUCAAAGUGAAUAUCUGUGAUGUCAUAAUUCCAUUUGCAAUCACUCAGGAGUCAGAGAGCAAGAUUCACCCUAUUCAGUCAUUUCUGACCCAGUGCUCCAUAAAAAAAACUUGUAAAAUGACACCACCCUUAAAAAAAUUGAUCAAAUUUGCUGUACCUGGAGUCCUUGCCCUUGCUGGGUGUUGGUGGAUCUACAAACAUUACCAUCGUAAAAAGAAUGUGAGAGAUCAACAGGAGCAAGCUGGAAACAUCGUCAAUCUGACUGAAGAUGAUACACAGAAGAACGCUGAUGAAGCAAAUGUAGUAGAUUCAGUCUCUGAUCUUAACGACUGCAAAGAGGGCACUUCCAUACAAUCAUUAAAAGAUGAUGCUCUCAUUGCUUCAAACUUAACUCCAGGACAGGUAAUGAGGCUCCACAGGAGUGAGCUGACAACCAUGGAACACCAAGAAAUUGUCAGUUACACGGAAAUAUAUUAUUGGGGCCAGAAUGCAGAUAAACUUCAUGGUGUAAUUGGAGGCAGAAACAAUGGAUAUGAUAACCAACUGGGCUUCUACAAGCAGACACCAAAUGACCACAUUGCCUACAGAUAUCAAAUUGAAAAGGUACUUGGUAAAGGAGGCUAUGGAGAAGUCAUCAAGGCCUUUGACCACAAACUGAAACAACAUGUGGCUUUAAAAAUGAUCAGAAAUGAAGAAGCUUUUCGCCUCCAAGCUGAAGAGGAAAUAAACAUAUCACAACAGUUACGGAAACUGGACAAAGACAACACAUUUAAUGUAGUGCACAUGAUGGAUACAUUCACCUUCCGUAAUCAUGUGUGUAUGUCAUUUGAACUGCUGGACAUGGAACUUUAUGAACUAAUGAAGAGAAAGGAAUUUAAGGGCUUUAGUCUGACAUUGGUAAAGAUGUUUGCUCUAGAAAUCCUACAGUGCUUAUAUGCUUUGAAAAGACAUGGCAUUAUGCACUGUGACCUAAAGCCUGAAAAUAUUUUAUUGAGACAACAAAAUACCGGACUUGACAUUAGGGUUAUUGACUUUGGCUGCAGCCAAUAUGAACACCAGCAUCAAUACCCUUUACAGACUGUAUACUACCGAGCACCAGAGGUCCUUCUUGGAGGCAACUGUGGAACUCCAGUAGAUAUGUGGAGCUUCGGAUGUAUCUUAGCCGAGCUCCUAACUGGAGAGAUACUCUUUUGCAGCGAUGAUAAUAAUUAUGAUCUACUCGCAUGCAUGAUUGAGCUAUUGGGAAUGCCAUCCCAAAACCUUCUGAAUUCUUCAAAACGAACCAAUAAUUAUUUUGACAUCAAGGGGUAUCCUCUGUAUUGCAAAGUUACAACCUUGCAAGAUGGUUCUAUGCAAUUCCAGGGUGGUUAUACCAGACGAGGACAAUUCAGAGGCUCCCCUGGAAGCAAAGAUUGGGUGCAGGCUUUAAAAGGCUGCGAAGAUGCCCUGUUUUUGGACUUUCUGAAAAAAUGCUUAACGUGGGAUCCUACUCUUCGCAUGACCCCGAAUGAAGCAUUUAAACAUCCUUGGCUUUAA